GCCCCUUCCCCACGCCAUCACGUCGGAGGAUCAUAUUUUCGCUGGAUUGUUGUCCCCCUUCCGUUCAUGCUCUCCUUGCUACGGUAUAAACGAAAGUUUCCAUAUCUGUUACAGAUCAUGGCCCAGACCCGCAGGUCCAGCUCUCUCCCGGACGAAUGGCCAGCCAAAAGGGCCCGCAAAGCAAAGAGGAACAACGGAACACCGCAUGCCAAGGCUAAAACAGGCAAAUACAUUGAUCCGGUAAAUAGUCCUUGGUAUGUUGGUGCCCACGUUUCUGUCACUGGCGGCGUGGAGAAUGCAAUAAUGAAUGCGGCGUCUAUAGCAGCAGACGCCUUCGCGUUGUUCCUCAAAUCCCCCAGGAAAUGGACAUCUCCCGCCCUCACAGCACAAAAUAUCGAAGACUUCAAGGCGCGUAUGGAGGAAUACCACUACGAACCCAGAUAUGUUUUACCACAUGGAAGUUAUCUCAUUAAUCUCGGUAAUCCAGAUCCGAAAAAGCGAGAAAAGUCCUAUGGAUGUUUUGUCGACGAUCUACACCGUUGCGAACAGCUCGGCUUGGAGGUCUAUAAUUUCCAUGUUUCCGCGGUCCGGUUACGUGCUCGUAUCACCCCGGUCCGUGGAAACAUCAACUCUUCAAGGUGUCCAGGAUCCUCUGUGGGUACAGGAACGACAGCGGAAUCAAUAGCUCUUAUCGCCGAAUGCCUCAAUCGCGCUCACAAAACUACGACCUCUGUAAUGACCGUUCUCGAAAAUAUGGCCGGAACUGGCUACGUCAUAGGUUCUCAAUUCUCCCAUCUCGCCGAUAUCAUAGCGGCAGUUGAAGACAAAUCCCGUGUUGGAGUCUGCUUGGACACAUGUCAUAUGUUUGCGGCCGGCUACGACAUCCGAACGAAGAAAGGGUGGGAAGACACAGUAACAAAGUUCGAUCAACAAAUUGGCCUGUCGUACUUGAGAGCAAUGCACUUGAACGACUCGAAAACAGAACUCGCAUCGAAUCGUGAUCGCCACGAGACCAUUGGCAUGGGCUUCAUUGGCUUGGAGUCGUUCUACCAUAUCCUGACCGACCCUAGGGUUCAAGGUAUACCUCUUAUUCUAGAGACGCCAGAACCAGAGACGUAUGCUACGGAGAUCGAGGUGCUGAAUGCACUCUCAACCUAUACAGAGCUCGAUGAUAAGAAGAAGAAGGCUCUCCUUACUAGUAUUCGGAAGAGCGUCAAAAGAGCUGGUCCUCCGUACAGGAGUAAUACAAGGAAGCGUAAAGGUAGGAAAAAGCCGCAGCAGGGCGAGAAGAAAAACGAUGAAGAUGAAGAAGAGUAUUGCGAUCAUUGACUUUUGUGCGGGAGAUUGCAUAUCUAUAUCUUAAGCACCCUGAAAUGUAAUGGCAAAUGGAACACCUGCCUGAGCGAUAGGACAUCAACCAGUGAAAGAUCUUAUAGUAUUGCCGCUCGUCAAGAUGUACGGAAAUAGUAAUACAUGAAGCU